AAGGACACACAGAACAGAGUAGUGUAAACCAGCCGUCACAAAGCAUGUUGAGUCCAUCUGAUUCGAAUAUGAUGGUUGUGAGGGAGCAGACACCGUCCGAAGCGCUAGCAAUAGUCCCGAUUCAGGUUUUUGUGCCGGCAUCCCAAACAACCGCUGAAACAGAUUUUGAACCAACCCCUAUGCUACAGAUUGAAGGGACUACAGAAACCACUCCUGAAACCCCCAAACAACUUCAAGAGACCACACCCACGGUUCCCCCAGCUCCAACUAAAUUUCAUCCAGACGCAGAAGACGCUGCUGCCCUGUUGAUGAUGGCACGCACAGCUUCCUAUGUUCCGAAAACAGAUCCAGGGGUGCCAUCAUUCAGUCUUGGAUUGACUGAUUCAAGCCAGGAGGGGGCGUCAACGCAGGAGACAGAAAUGGAAAAAUCUCCAGAAGCUGCGAAUUUGAUAGAACAAUUGGACAGUUUGGUCCAAAGAAUAGCUAGCAGCGCGACGAAGGAAAAAAACACAAGUCCACAAAUUCAGAGGGAGACUGGGGGAGAAAGUUCUGCAAAGUUUGAAACUCCUCGGGGAUUAUAUCAGAUUACGGAUGAUAUGAAACAAAAGUGCUACAUCUGGGGGACGAGACUGAAGGAAGAUGCAGAUGGCAAUACUAACGAGUAUGAGGAAAUGUGCACUCUGAUUGGCCAAGGAAAAUACAUUUUGAUGAGAAUGCACCUUGCUUCCCUCCAGGCAAAAAGUGAUAUAGAAUCUCAGAUUGUAUCUGCCAUCUGCCUCAUCCUCAACAACAAAAAUGAAAAGAGAUUUCAAGAACAAAUAUACUGUCUCCCCCCCGAUAUUGUGGUAAGUCUUACUUCUACGAACUUCGGGUGUAUUUUCUGUAUUGAUUUGGGUGUAUUUGUCACGUUUCAUUGGGUGUAAGUUUAGUAUUUCAUUUCUCGUUUCCAAUUCUUGCAGUGCAUGGCACUUU